GUGUAGGAGGUGCAUGAGCACAGCAUUCCUCCUCCAGACAGAAAGGAGGGGGGAGAUUCUUACCCAGUUGCCGGAGAAAGAAACUCUUCGGAAGGGUCUCUGAAUCCCGCCCCCAUCGCCAAAUGCAGGAGCCAGUGACCUUUGAAGAUGUGGCCGUGUAUUUCACGGAGGGCCAAGGGACCCUGCUGGAUCCAGAUCAAAGGGCCUUGUACAGAGAUGUCAUGCUGGAGAACUAUAGGAACAUGGCCUCGUUGGGAUUUCAGUUUUCGAAGCCUGAUCUCAUCUCCCAACUGGAACAAGGGGAAGAGCCGUGGGUGCCAGAUUUUCAGGGUUUGGAUGAAACUGAUAACUCUAGCGCCAACUCAGCAGAUGAGAGUUGGAAAAAGGACUCUUACAUCACGUGGGUGACACAUCUUACUCAGAAAUCAAGUCAUGCCAAAUAUCAGCAACUUCACACAGAAGGGAACCCCUAUACAUGCUUGCAAUGUGGAAAAUGUUUUCCUUCGAAAUCUAAACUUGUGAUGCACCAGCGUGUCCACCAACGGGAGAAACCCUUUAAAUGCCUGGAAUGUGGGAAGUGUUUUACUCAGAAAUCAGAUCUCAUGAUUCAUCAGAGAGUCCACACAGGAGAAAUACCAUAUGAAUGCUUGCAAUGUACGAAACGUUUUGCCCACAAGUCAUAUCUCAUGACACACCUGAGAGUCCACACAGGAGAGAAACCAUAUAAAUGCUCUGAGUGCGGGAAAUGUUUUGCCCAGAAGUCAAAUUUCAUGAGACACCAGAGAGUGCAUUCAGGAGAGAAACCGUAUAAAUGCGCCGAGUGUGGUAGAUGUUUUCCUCAGAAAUCAGUACUCAUGAACCACCAGAGACUCCACACAGGAGAAAAACCAUAUCAAUGCUUGGAGUGUGGGAAAUAUUUUGCAUGGCAAUCUUAUAUCACAGAUCACCGAAGAGUCCAUACAGGAGAGAAGCCAUACAGAUGCUUGGAGUGUGGGAAAUGUUUUGCCUGGAAAUCAGAUCUCAUCAUACACCAGAGAAUCCAUACAGGAGAGAAACCGUAUAAAUGCUUGGAGUGUGGAAAAUGUUUUGCUGACCAUUCCGACUUUGCAAAACAUCAGAGAACCCACACAGGAGAGAAACCAUAUAAAUGCUUGGAGUGUGGGAAAUGUUUUGCCUGGAAAUCACGUCUCAAAAUACACCAGAGAGUCCACACAGGCGAGAAACCAUAUAAAUGUUUGGAGUGUGGGAAAUGUUUUGCCAACCGUUCUGUCUUUGCGAAGCAUCAAAGAGUCCACACAGGAGAAAAAUCAUAUAAAUGUUUAGAGUGCGGAAGAUGUUUUGCUCAGCAUUGGUAUCUCAUGGAGCACCAGAGGGUCCACACAGGAGAUAAACCAAAUAAAUGCUUAGACUAGAGUGUAGGAAAUGUUUUUCUUUUAAACCAGUCCUUCUCAGUCACCAGAGAGCCUAUGUGGAUAAGAAACCUUUUGAAUGUUCCAAGACAUUUCCGAUACAGUAGAGAACUAAGCAUGUACUCUUGAUAUCUGAGAAUGUGCAGGUGAGCGGGUUUUUUAAUUGUGUACUUUUCGCCGUCAGAAGACUUAUUUACUCAUUUGUGGGUCCCAGACACUAAGCUAAAAUAGAGGUGGGUGAUGGGAAUGGAUCAGUUGUCAGGACAGUGCUCUCCUUCUCUCUGACUUCAGGAAUGUAAUAGGAUAAUACAUAUCUUCUUUUCAAAUUUAAAAUACUGAUAUGCUGUCUUUCUGCCUAUAAGAUACCCUUGUCCCACAAUGUGGGAUGCUCCAGCUACUACAUAAGGGCUUCACAAUGCCAUGAGCAGAAAAUAUCCUUUCUUCGGUCCUUUGAUACUGCUGAUGCUUUGGCUCCUCAGAUGUUCCAGAGAUGUUGUCCUACUGCAAUAUUGGGAACUUCUCACCCAUGUUAGGAUUGUGCUGUUUGAGAAUGAGAUUAAUUUAAGAACAUCAUUUUCACUGUUUAUAUAUUCUCUUUCAAAAACCAUUGUGUUUUUUAAAUUAAAUUUAUUUUCCGCCCUUCCUCGCAAAUGAGCCCAGAGCAGCGAACACAUCGGUGAUAAAACAAUACAGAUGACAUUGAAAAUUCAGCAUGAGCAAAAUGAAGUAGUCAGAAUUACCCAAGAUACUGAGCAGUUAACCAUUCAUCAUUGGUGAGAUAUCUUUUCAGGCUGGAAUCCACCCAUGAAAAAUAUACUGAACUUAGAACGGCAUCCUGUGUUAACAUUUCUUAUCAUUGUUGUAAUACUACUGUUUAGUAUGCGUUCCAUAUGCACGAGGUACCAAACUGUAUUUGGAUAUCCAGAUCCUAAUCUGGCAGAAUAAUGCCAGAUGCUUUAAUCAAACAUGAAGGAAGCAACUGGGUGUACCAAGGGGUAAAGUUGUAUUGGCAUCUCGUGGAAGAUGGGUGUGUACAUACAGGGAAUUAGUUACUGGUACACCACAUGCCUACGGAUACUUUUGGAGUGAAGGUAUGUAACAGGUUCAUGCUUAUUAUUCUGUAAAAUAGUAUUUCUAUUCUCUAAAAUAUUUGUAUAUGUGUGGAGAUGGAACCACUGCCCCAAGCAUGGGAAUGUUGAUCAUUUGUCUCUUUCAAAGAGAUAAGAUGACCAUAAUCCCACAGUAUCCACCCGGUACUUGCAUCGGGGACGAUAGUUGGUCCGUUAUCUGUCUUGGCUACUUGCCACAAAGUAAGUGCUGUUUUGACCUCGUGAAAGUAUAAACAUUGUCACAAACAGUAAUGUAUAACCCAAAUAGGAGUGAUUAAUUUCAUUUGAUGGUAUAUAAUGCCCUGCAAAACCUUCCAGUGUGCAACUCUGCAUAGACCACUGAUCACAGUCUAUGUAUCCAAGCUACAUGAGUCCAUUCUGUGAUGGGACAGCCCAGAUAAUGGCUUGAAAUAUGCAUAAAAAGUGCUGAAAUCAUGUUCAUCUGCUUAUAUUUACUUCUGUACCUUGCAAUAUGCUUAAGAUUUGCUGAAAUAGCUUAUAAAGUCUGCUUCAUGCAUAAUAGCCAAAUAAUAUAAAAAGGAGUAGUUUAAAACUGCCCCCUUUUUCCUCUGUCUCCUGACUAAAGCUGUACUUUCCUAUGAAAGCAGAUGGAACAGACAUAAAGAUAAUUAAUCAGGGCAGACAACGAAUGUCUGGUAAAAUGUCAACAUGAAGUAAGAGGAAGCUCCUUAUAUGGAGUGCUGCUUCUGGGAGGCAGCAUAAUUGAUAAGGCCAUGUGAACACGCCUUCCCUUUAAUAAGAAAAUGUAUAAAAGGACAGGUUUAUAGCACUUAUUACCCCUCAGCUCUGCUGGAGGAGGGGUUGAAGAAAGCAGGAGAACCAUCCAUCUAUUCCAGCAUUUCCCAACUAGUGGGCCACCAGAUGUUGUUGGACCACAAUUCCUAUCUUUCCUGACCAUUGGCAAUGCUGGCUGAGGCUGAUGGGAGUUGUGGUCCAACAACCUGGUGGCCCACUAGUUGGGAAAGGCUGAUCUAUUCCAUCCAUGACUUCUGAUGGAUGAUAUAUUAUGAUAUGUAUUUCCAUCUACUUUGUAACUUUGGCUCUGUAACAUGAGUCAAUCCUUAAUCUAUUGUAACUUGUUUUACCUAAGAUGUGACUUCAGAGUCUUCUGCUUUGGUGUUAAAUGGAUAUCCAGCAACUUCUUUCAUGCUGAUAUGUUUUUCUAUUUUUCUGUUUCUGCAAUGAUGGCUAUGGUCACCUAGAAUGCAUUCAGUUGUAGUGUGCAAGAUAUCAAUAAAUAGCAUAUAUUAUAAAGACUGUUCUGCUGUCUGAAGUCUGACUCCCAAGUAGAAAAUUUCAGGUACCUCCCAAGACUCAAGAAUUCUUGGGUGGAGUCUCCUCUAUCUUCUGCCUGCACUAGACAACUGCUGUUGACAACCUGUGAGCUUAGGUGAACUAACAUUCAACAUACAAGGACUCCAUGUAGACACAGAGGAAGGGAGAAAGCAAAAACACUCGACUGUGCAUUCACUGGCACGGGGGCUGGCCUUGCCGAUACCAAUUUGCUGUUCUGAGGGUUCCCAGUUAAC